UUGACAGCAAUAGUGUCUAAAUAAUGUAUAAGUUGAAAAAGAGGCGCAUUAUUUUUGUUUUAUUUUGAAUUUUAACAUAUGCAUUUUCACAAUAAGUGAACAUAAUAGAACGAUUGCUUAAAAUAAAAGACAACGUAGUGAUAUUCUUAUAUCUGUACCUUAAAAAACAGAAACCCUGGCUUCCGAAAAUUAUCCCAAGAAGAUGCUCGAUGGGUGGUACUGUCGCUCUAUAGCGAAUAUGCAGGCUAAUGAGGCGGCCAGUGCCAGUAAUAGCAUAAGUGUCGAUCCUCCACAUAGUCGUGAUUCACGGAAAGACUACUCUAGCGACAGCAGCAGUGAUCCUGAACCAGAACCUAAUUACAAAGCGCAAUAUUUAACACUGAAGAAGAAACUCAAGUAUCUUAUAUAUGAAAAUGAAUGUUUCCAAGAUGCCUUGAGAUGUAGUCAGAAGAGGUUAUUAAAAGUUUCUCGUGAUCGUAGCUUUCUUUUAGAUAGACUUUUACAGUAUGAAAAGCAUGAGAGUACAACUUCAGACAGUGAAGACACAGAAUCCUCAGAUGAUGCUACUUAUAAUAAUGCUGAGGCUAUGAAAAGGAAAAAGAUGGACACUGGUGCAGUUCAGCAAGCUUUGUCCACACCGUCUUCGCUCAAUAAAGGUCUCAAUAAUACUAUGAAAAGGAAAAGAGCUGUUGUCCCUAAAAAAACACCAAAUCCUAAUAAUCCUCAUCAAUCUAGUGCUGCAAUGAUGGUGAAAGCAUCGCCAGCACUAGGAUUCAGCCUUUCGGCCAGCGACGGCCACAUGACACCCGAAGAGGUAGAGCGUCAUCUACAAUCGCGUCAAUCGUACCUCGAACUUUUGCCUGAGCGGGCACCGCCUACUGUACCUACUGAGAUGUUUAGCAAUGACCCUUCACUAGACAGUGAAUCCAACGACGUUCUGGAAAAUUCGCCCAAUGUUGAAGAGUGGUUUGAUUAACAGUAUCUGUCCAUCACCUCGGUGAAGAAUAUCCAGCAUAAAAUGGACUUAAGACAAGAAAUUAUCUUAAUGCACACUUUUGUCUUUAUGUGUAGUUAUAGGCAAAUAUUUUUUUUAAUAAAAAACGUUACGAGUGUAA